UAUUUUUGGGCUAUUUAUUGAAGUUAGCCUUCAUCUUCUAAAACCCUUCGGUGGGGAUAGCGAACGAAGAAGUGUGCUUCUGUGCAUCAUUCCAGCAAAGGUUUAAAGAUGGCUUUUUUCAAUAGAGUUGGGAGUAUUCUUAAACAGAGUGUAAGCAAACACUCAAACUUGGAACUCUCUCCCUCAAAUGCGUCGCUUUUCCAGGCUAUAAGAAGCAUGUCUUCGUCUAAGCUUUUUGUUGGGGGUCUCUCAUAUGGCACUGAUGAGAGCUCUCUGAAGGAGGCAUUUUCCCAAUACGGUGAUGUGAUCGAAGGUACUAGAGCUAGAGUUAUUAUGGAUCGUGAUACUGGGAGGUCCAGAGGUUUUGGUUUUAUCAGUUUUCCAUCAAGUGAAGAAGCAGCAAGUGCAUUGCAGGCCAUGGAUGGCCAGGAUCUUCAUGGAAGACGGAUAAGGGUGAAUUAUGCCACAGAAAAGCCUCGUACUGGAUUUGGAGGUGGCUAUGGUGGAGGUGGUGGUGGAUUUAACUACGGUAGUGAAGGUGGAAAUUUUGCAGGUGGUGGAGGUUAUGCAGCCAGCAAUUAUGGAAGUGGAGGAGGUGGCUAUGGUAACAGUACUGGCUUUAACUAUGGUGGGGAAGGUGGAAAUUCUGCAGGCGCUGGAGGUUACCCAACCAGCAAUUACGGUGGUGGAUUUUCUGGCGGUAACAGUUCUGCUGGUGGAUACGGUAGUUAUGGAGGUGGCACUAACUAUGGAAAUGACAACAGCUCUCCUGUUGAGGGUGGUAACUACGGCGGAGGUGUUGGGUAUGGCAGUGGUAACUAUGGAAACACUCCGAACAGCAAUUAUUCCAGUCAAGGCAAUAACUUUUCAGGUGGUUAUGACGGUGGAAACAGUGGAAAUGGCUUUGGUGAGAGCCCCGGAGCAUCAUUUAAUGGAGGUCAAGAACAGGUCAGUGUAGAUCAAGGGACUCAACCUAUAAAUGAAGAUAUUGGACAGGAGACAUCAGAAGGAAAUUAUGAUGAGCCAAAGGAUUUCGCCAAUACUAGGGGUUGAAAAGAAAGUGCUUGGCGUCUAUUGUGUUUGAGGGACUUGCUUCAAGAGAAUGUCUAGGAUAUAUGUUUUGAGUCAUGCGUGAAUAAAAUGUCAUCCAUUUCUAACAGUGUUCAUGUGUUGAUUACACUUGUCUAGUUUUAUGAAUUUGUAGGCUUAAAUAUUUCUUCUCUUCACCUUUCUUAUUUCGUCAAUGGCUCUCUUUUUCUCCGUAUUAAUAAUAUACUCAUAUUGUUAUAUUGUUGAUGAA